GGAACCGGCCUUGGAACGGUGGCGGAACCUGAGGCCGCUUGCCCUCCCGCCCCAUGGAGCGGCCCCCGGGGCUGCGGCCGGGCGCGGGCGGGCCCUGGGAGAUGCGGGAGCGGCUGGGCACUGGCGGCUUCGGGAACGUCUGCCUGUACCAGCAUCGGGAACUUGAUCUCAAAAUAGCAAUUAAGUCUUGUCGCCUAGAGCUAAGUACGAAAAACAGAGAACGGUGGUGCCAUGAAAUCCAGAUCAUGAAGAAGUUGAACCACGCCAAUGUUGUAAAGGCCUGUGAUGUUCCUGAGGAAUUGAAUUUUUUGAUUAAUGAUGUGCCUCUUCUAGCAAUGGAAUACUGUUCUGGAGGAGAUCUUCGGAAGCUACUCAACAAACCAGAAAAUUGCUGUGGACUUAAAGAAAGCCAGAUACUUUCUUUACUGAGUGAUAUAGGGUCUGGGAUCCGAUAUUUGCAUGAAAACAAAAUUAUACAUCGUGAUCUAAAACCUGAAAACAUAGUUCUUCAGGAUGUUGGUGGAAAGAUUAUGCAUAAAAUAAUUGAUCUGGGAUAUGCCAAAGAUGUUGAUCAAGGAAGUCUAUGUACAUCUUUUGUGGGAACAUUGCAGUAUCUGGCCCCAGAGCUCUUUGAGAAUAAGCCUUACACAGCCACUGUUGAUUAUUGGAGCUUUGGGACCAUGGUGUUUGAAUGUAUUGCUGGAUAUAGGCCUUUUUUGCAUCAUCUGCAGCCAUUUACCUGGCAUGAGAAGAUUAAGAAGAAGGAUCCAAAGUGUAUAUUUGCGUGUGAAGAGAUGACAGGAGAAGUUCGGUUUAGUAGCCAUUUACCUCAACCAAAUAGCCUUUGUAGUUUAAUAGUAGAACCCAUGGAACACUGGCUACAGUUGAUGCUGAAUUGGGAUCCUCAGCAGAGAGGAGGACCUGUUGAUCUAACUUUGAAGCAGCCAAGAUGUUUUGUGUUAAUGGAUCACAUUCUGAAUUUGAAGAUAGUACACAUCCUAAAUAUGACUUCUGCAAAGAUAAUUUCUUUUCUUUUACCACCUGAUGAAAGUCUUCAUUCACUGCAGUCUCGUAUUGAGCGUGAAACUGGAAUAAAUACUGGUUCUCAAGAACUUCUUUCAGAGACGGGAAUUUCUCUCGAUCCUCGAAAACCAGCCUCUCAGUGUGUUCUAGAUGGAGUGCGAGGCUGUGAUAGCUAUAUGGUUUAUUUGUUUGAUAAAAGUAAGACUGUAUAUGAAGGACCAUUUGCUUCCAGAAGUUUAUCUGACUGUGUAAAUUAUAUUGUACAGGACAGCAAAAUACAGCUCCCAAUUAUACAGCUGCGUAAAGUAUGGGCCGAAGCAGUGCACUACGUAUCUGGGCUAAAAGAAGACUACAGCAGGCUCUUUCAGGGACAAAGAGCAGCAAUGUUAAGUCUUCUUAGAUAUAAUGCUAACUUGACAAAAAUGAAGAACACUUUGAUCUCAGCAUCUCAGCAACUGAAAGCUAAACUGGAGUUUUUUCACAAAAGCAUUCAGCUUGACUUGGAAAGAUAUAGUGAGCAGAUGACUUAUGGGAUAUCCUCAGAAAAAAUGUUAAAAGCAUGGAAGGAAAUGGAAGAAAAGGCUAUCCACUAUGCUGAGGUGGGUGUCAUUGGAAACCUGGAGGAGCAGAUCAUGUCUUUGCACACUGAAAUCAUGGAGCUACAAAAGAGCCCCUAUGGAAGACGUCAGGGAGACCUGAUGGAAUCUCUGGAACAGCGUGCUAUCGAUCUUUAUAAGCAGUUAAAGCACAGACCUUCAGAUCACUCCUACAGUGACAGCACGGAGAUGGUCAAGAUCAUUGUGCACACUGUGCAGAGUCAGGACCGGGUUCUCAAGGAGCUGUUUGGUCAUCUGAGCAAGUUGUUGGGCUGUAAGCAGAAGAUUAUUGAUCUACUGCCCAAGGUGGAAAUGGCCCUCAGUAACAUCAGAGAAGCUGACAAUACUGUCAUGUUUAUGCAGGGAAAGAGGCAGAAAGAAAUAUGGCAUCUCCUUAAAAUUGCCUGCACACAGAGUUCUGCCCGGUCUCUUGUAGGAUCCAGUCUAGAAGGUGCAGUAACUCCUCAGGCAUCAGCGUGGCUACCCCCGACUUCAGCAGAACGUGAACACCCUCUGUCAUGCGUGGUAACUCCUCAAGAUGGGGAGACUUUAGCACAAAUGAUAGAAGAAAAUUUGAACUGUCUUGGCCAUUUAGGCACUAUUAUUCGUGAAGCAAAUGAGGAACAGGGCAGUAGGAUGAUGAAUCUUGAUUGGAGUUGGUUAACAGAAUGACUUGCCACUUGUUCACUGUCCCUAAACCUAUGGAAGUUGUUGCUGCACAUGUUGGAAAUUUUUCUCCCAUGAAACUAUUCUUCAGAUACCAGUCAGUGGAAGAAAUGGCCAUGAUCAGAAAUUAUGCAUGAUUUUACAAACACAAUAUUUUGAUUUGGGGUAAUUUUAACUUCUGUACAGAUUUGCAAUCCAUUUGUUUUCAAACUUGGUAAAACAUUACUUAUUUAACUGACUAAAAAUAUCUUAACAUUUAACUUUUGGGCAUAAGGCCAAAAGUAAUAUAUGCAGAGAAGAAACCUCAACUAACAUGUGUUCUAAGUAAAAGCUGUCUGCUUAUAUUUUUAUGGAAGAUACUGUUCUUAACUAAAAUUACUUGUUGAAGAAUAAACCCUACCUCCUUGUGUUGCACUCAACAGUGCUCUUCCUGGCAUCAUAAGGAGGUGGCUCAGACCUGCACAUUUGACAAUAUCCCUUUCCUACAGAAGGGAUUGUGCAUUUGGGCCUUUAAUACCAGUUGAGACUCAUGAGUCUUAAGUGUGCUAUGUGAAUACAUAUUUAAGAUGUACAUUUAAUAAUAUCCAAGAGAAGUCACCUGUUAAUUUAUAAUGUAUUUGAAAGCUUAUUUGUUUUUUCAUUUGUAAAAAUGGGUUAAGGUAUAUUUCAUGUGUUGUCAUACAAAUUUAUAAAGGUCUGCCCUCCCUUAUCUGUAAUUCCAAACUCCAAAUGUUCUGAAAACAACAUUUUUCAUAAGCUUGGUGACAAAACUUAUUUGCUUGCAAAUCUAACCUGAACUGACAUUGAAUCUGUUUAUCCCAUUUAGUGUGACUAUUCAUGUAUUUUGUUCCAGAACUAUGAACAUGUUUGAUUAGGGGGGAGGGGUGCUGCCAAAGACCCUGCUGGGGGUUUACGUAGUAUGGUAUAUGCACUGAAUUACCUUUCUAAAAUCUGAAAACUUCAUAAUUCUGAAACAUGUGGCCCUAAGGGUUUCAGAUAAAGGAUUGUGGAUCUCUAUCUGUUAAGUAAUUUAGAAGGAAUUAUUUGUUAAAAAAAAAUGUGAAAUGCUUUUGUAUUCUAGACAGUUUUUAACUUUGUGUAUUAAAUGAUUUUUAAAUUACUUUUGAAUC